GUUGUCCAUAGGGCCGUCAACACAGUCCCGCAAUCCUCAAGACCCGACUCAGUGAGCAUGCAUUCUUCUUUCUGGAGGUGAAGGCCAUGCACGGAGGGCUGUCGUUGUAUCGCGGCGGUCGAAUGACGCGGGUGGAGGGUGGAUGCGGAUGUGUCGAUCUGGAUGAACACGGCCUUCGCAGUGAGCCUCGCGUUUGUUAACUGUACUGACCCAUUCUCUUGCACAGAUGGCCCGCAGCAAGGAACUCGUCCCCGGCAUCGGACGGCUUUCCCGACACCAAGUCUUCGAGCGCCGCGGCCUCUACAAGGGCCUUAAAAAGUCGGAGAAGCAGGCAGCACCGGAGGCUGCAACGACCAAGGAGGUCACGGUCGGCGGCGAGAAGAACGGUGAAAAGCGCGUCGUGCCUGCCGCCAAGGCUCCCCGGUUCUACCCAGCGGAGGAUGUCCGUCAGCCGAAGAAAAGUCGCAAGUCGCCGAAGCCCACGAAGCUUCGUUCCUCCAUCACUCCUGGCACAGUCCUCAUUUUGUUGGCGGGUCGCUUCCGGGGAAAGCGAGUGGUGUUCUUGAAGCAAUUGUCGAGCGGAUUGCUGUUGGUGACGGGACCGUAUAAGAUCAACGGUGUCCCCGUUCGCCGAGUGAAUCAGGCGUACGUCAUUGCAACAUCGACUAAGCUCGACCUCGGCGACUUCAAGGCCGAUGAGAAGAUUAACGACGCAUACUUCGCCAAGCCUUCUACCAAGGGCCCCCGUUCAGCAGAAGCCGAGUUCUUCUCUGAGGGUAAGCCUAAGGAGAAGGAGGCUUUCCCGGAGUCGAGGUCAAACGAUCAAAAGGCGGUUGACUCUGCUGUCAUUGCCGCUAUCAAGAAGACCGACAGCAUAAGCAAAUAUCUCAAGGCGAGUUGGGGUCUGUCCAAGGGUCAGUUCCCCCACCAGUUGGUCUUCUGAGGUCGCCUUGUUGGAGGUAGCUAGGUGUGAAUCGCAGGCCGCAGACUUGUCGCAGUCGCAUUCGCUAUGAUUACGAUAUGCCGUGUAGCUUUAUAUGACUUCUUUUCCUCGCUACAGAUCGCGAGGUUACGCCUCGGACAGUCAUCCUACCGGUGUUACGCGAUGUACGUGCAGUACGAGUACUUGCGGAUGCGCAGACGUUGUGCAUCACUCUUCCUUAGUGCAUCCCGUUAGUAGUCCUAGAUUCAUGAGCAUAACAUCCGCUCUGGAAUUAUUUGCUGGGAUUGAUUGCGAGGUUGCGCUUUUUUUGCGGUCAAUGCAAUGCGAUCGAGCUUGCUCAUUGCAGGCAGGAG